AUGUCCACUCCAGCAGCUCCAGUUUCAUCUGUGAGAGCUGCCAUCUCGGCAGCCAACGUGUCUGUGGUGGACAAAAGGUGUCCUGAGGUAUCGGAGAUGGUAUGCGGCGGUGAAGGUCGUUGCGAUGACCACAUCGAUCCUGCUGGUGAAGAGACACCGGAAACAGGCACACCUUUGACGCGAUCGUUGAGUCCCUCCAGUGAUGGCGGCACCUCCGCGGCUGAUCGCUCUGAACCUGCAGCCAGCAGACGGCAGAAUCGAAGGAAGAAGACCAGACCAUCAGCUGGAUCCAUGAUUGGAGGGAUGGCGCCGGAGGUUCAUUCAACCGGCGCACCUUCGAGUGCUGGGCGUGCGGCGUCCUUGCAACAAGAUGCUGCACGCCAGGAUGCCGAGACCGAGGCAUCUACUGCCAAGAGAAAGCUUGGUAACGGCAAAGCUUCCAGAAGACCGCUGGCGGCGCGACAUCCGCCGGCAACUGGCGGACUUCCUGGCUGUUACCAUGCAUUUCCUGGUCCAAUGGGUGGAUUUCCUCCCGUGCACUUCGGCAUUGGCGGUUUCUGCAUGCCCCUCCUGGGCGGAGCCCCGAUGCCUGGUGCAACUUGCACGGUUUCCGACCGACAAAUCCUGGAUGUCCUCGCGGCCAAGCCAGAGAUUCACCAACGGCUGCUGGAGACGGCUCGGCGGUUGCCCAAGAUCCUUCUGGGCUCUGCCGGUGAAGACUCCGUUGCCAACUCUGCGGAGCUCUAUGGUUCUCUUGCACUUCUGACGGAAUCCCCGAGAGGUCGGAAGGACCGGUCCCCUUGUUAUGUCAAUGGGCAGUCGGAUGUGGACUUCGUCGUGGAAAUGAAGAAAGAUGUUGCUCCUUAUGCUAUGGUUGAACGCUUGCUGGAGAAGGACACUUGGAAGCUGGUUGGCACAGUCCAGGUUCACAAAUUCUCCUCCACCCAGUUCACCCUUCUCGGCAGCUUCGAUGAGCAGAAGGACCCCGAAUUCAAAAAGGUAUAUUUGGACUUGACUUGUAUUGAGAGUCCAGUACAGUUCAGCCGGUUCAAGAAACGACAAGAGGCAUUCAGAAAAGCUUUCCUCGAUGUGCGGAAGAGCAUAGAGGAGAAUUUUGCUGAACAAGGCACUUUGGCUUUUGAUGCCUACAUCCACCUUCUCAAGGCAUUUGCGGCAAAAGUUCCCCGAAAUGCCAUCAGCGUUUACCAGGCUACUUGCAUUGGGCUCUUCACUCUUCAGAUUGGCCACUUCAGACUAAGGCAGAGCCUUUCGUUGGCACUUUGCUUUUUUGAAGGCUUUCUCAGAUUCUGCUAUCAGUUCUAUUUGGACACGGAUACGCCAGUGGUUUUGGGUGAUACAGCAUUGGGAUAUCGGCGUCAAGCGAUUGAUUUGAGUUGCGGAAGGCUCCUUCCUCGAAUAAGCACGAGCUGGAGGAGCGAGCUCUACUUCCGCAACCUGGAGGAAAGGCAGCUGUCGACCCGGCCGGAUGAGUGGAUGAAUGUGACACACAGUCUCGACCCUCAGCAGGUGUCCAAGGAAGCCCUGGGCCUCCUGAAAAGGCCCCGCAUGGCAGGGCAGUUCGCGGAUGCCUCGCGUGUAGCCAUGUGCAGCCAAGCGCAAUAG